CCUAAAUCGUAACAGUAAGAAGAUGAUCAUGUGUGGGAGGGAGUGAGAAACACGCGCCGAUAGAGAGCGUGUGGAUUAGUUAGGAUGAGAAAAUCCGUAUCCCAUCUUCAACGGGGCAAAAGAAGAUCCAUCGGCCAAUGGACUUGGUUUAUAGGAUGGUGGUGAUCGAUUGGAAACACAAGAACAAACAAAGAGUUCCUUUUUCUAAGUAUCCAAGAAGGAAAAAAAGAAACUUUAUACUGUUUGGUUCUUAGGAGUGAUUGGUUCAUGUGUCGGAGAUUCUGAUGAUUGGGUAUUAGCUCCACAUAGGUAAGUAUUUAACCAGUUUUGCUUUACUGUACUUGUUAAGUUGUUGUGAUGAGAUUGGAAACAAAUUAAGAUCAGUCUUUUUUGUUUCAUUUGUUUGAUCAUGCAAUAAAAUUUCAUGGAUGUUAAGUAUAAAAUAGAAAAUGAAACUUAAAAAGUAGGCUUUUCUUCUUCUUUAGUUUAUUGGUGGUUAAGGUUUGGAACGGUUUGGUUGGUAUAAGAAAUGCAAAUUGGUAUAUGUUGAACGAGAGAAGGAAAUAUUGUUUUCAUUUGUAAAUUUGUUUGUGAUUUCCACUGUUAACUAAUUAGAUCAACAAUGUGAAAAGCAGUAAUGUUACGUGAUUGAUUCUUUGUUUUAAUCUGGAUAUAGUUCGAGGAAUGACAUAAUGAUUGUGUUCUUAUGAGCUGGUUUAUAAUGUAACAAUGUGUUUUUUUGUAACUUGCAGGUUAUAAGCUGUGUAGUAUUUUUUGAGGUUUAUAGACACUAUGAGAAGAGGUAGAGGGAAAGGGAAGAAGCAGAAUGCAUCUGCUCGGGAAGAUCGUGGAAGCGGUGAUGAAGAAAAGAUUCCAGCUUACAGGAGAAGAGGAAGACCACAGAAGCCGAUGAAAGAUGAUUUCGAAGAGGAAGAAGAAGAAGAUGAUGAAGAGAUGGUAGAGAAAAUGGAAGUAGAAGAUGAAGAUGAAGAGAUUGAUGAUGGUUCAGUAACAAGUAAAGAUUUGAAGGAGAGAAAGAGGAAGAUGUCUAAUGGAAGCAAUACUGAUCUGACUGAAGAAGAGAAUGGUUUAGGAUCGAAACCAAACACCGAUGAUUCCACGAGAUCGACAUCUAUUGGGUUUAGACAAAAUGGAAGCCGGAGGAAAAGCAAGCCGAGACGAGCUGCUGAAGCUGUCGUGGAAUGUAACGGAGUUUGAGAAACCUUCCUGUGAAGAACUCCCAAGAAACAGAAUGACAAAUUGACCUGAGGCUUGUUUUUUUGCUUUUUUCUUUCAAGUUUUUGAAGUUGACAACUUAGGAUCUCUUAUGGUGAUUCAUGAAAUCAAUCUGCAUUCUCUUUCAUUCUUGUCUCUUAAUCUGUUUUGGUUUAUCACAUUUGAGCGUCCAAAGAUAUGGUCUCUGCAACACAUGAAGUUGGAAUGAGAGAUUGGGAGAUCAUGUGGAUGACACUAUGGGAGAGAGAUGUGUGAUCCUCUCUAAUCUAUAAUCUCGAG